AUGGUCUUGAUGAUGGGAGGGGAUUGGCUGUUCGGGGGCAUGCCUCAGCCCCAAAGCAAACUACAGAGGAGAAAAUCUCAGAAUCAGGACUUCGAUGGCUUCAUUGAGACCUCUCUGGAGUGGAUCAUCAGGACAGGCCAGGAGGUUGGGAUCAGGCUGACAGGGCAGGUCGCUGACGAGCCUCUGACUGAUGUCUCUGAGAUCUCUCGGCUGGAGUCCUCGCAUCCCAAGAUGCCGUUCACGUGCCGCUUCCGCAGAGCCUUCUUCACCGUCAUCAGCAGAGUCUCGCUCAUUGCAGUUGUGGUGGGCUGUGUGUGGAGCGUGGUCUGCUACAUGAAGUUUCGCUGGAGGAGAGAGGAGGAGGACACCCGGCAGAUGUAUGACAUGGUGGAGAGGAUCAUCGAUGUGUUGCGAAGCCACAGUGAGGCUUGCCAAGAGAACCAAGACCUGCAGCCGUACCUGCCCAUCCCCCACGUCAGAGACUCCCUGGUUCAGCCUCAGGACCGAAAGAAAAUGAAGAAGAUUUGGGAGCGGGCUGAGAAGUUCCUCGCAGCCAAUGAGUCCAGGAUUCGGAAAGAGACUCAGAGGAUCGGGGGAGCUGACUUCCUGGUCUGGAGGUGGAUCCAGCCGUCUCUCAGUUGUGACAAGACGUCCUCCAUGAACUCUAAAGUCUGGCAGGGAAAAGCUUUCCCUCUGGACCGGAGAAAUUCCCCCCCCAACAGCCUGACUCCAUGUCUGAAGAUCAGAAACAUGUUUGACCCGAUCAUGGAGGUUGGGGAGAACUGGGAUCUAGCCAUCCACGAGGCCAUCCUGGAGAAGUGCAACGACAACGACGGUAUCGUCCACAUCGCUGUUGACAAGAACUCCCGAGAGGGCUGUGUCUAUGUCAAGUGUCUUUCUGCAGAGCACUCGGGGAGAGCCUUUAAGGCACUUCACGGCUCCUGGUUUGAUGGUAAGCUGGUGACUGUGAAGUAUCUGCGUUUAGACCGAUACCACCAGCGCUUCCCGCAGGCCCAGGGCAGCAGCACGCCUCUGAAGGCCUCCAGCCCCCCCCUGAGCACCACAGGCACCAUGAACACUGUGCCGCGCCUGCAGCACCGCGGCGCCGGCAACUCUUCAGGCUUCUCAUGAGAACAGCUUUUUAUUUAACCGAUCUCCUCUGUGCCCUCCCAGCAUGACAGCACCAGUCUGCUGCUACUCCUUCACUGCUUUUUUCAAACGGGGAAGACUCCAGUCUGUUGUCUCGGGAGUUGCUUUUUCUUUUUUUUUCAUCAUGGGAUCGCAAGAGAAGUUGUUAAGCAGUGCAGUGUUUGUUUUUCAAUAAUCUUUGUAUUAAAAUGUCAUGGAUUUUACUAAGGAAGCAAAGUUCUUCUGGGAUAUUUAAGAUGUGUGCAGAGACUCCAACCCUCCCUCCUUCUCUUCCACAGUCUAACUGACGCCAUGAUGGAGUUCAUUUGGAAAUGGCUGCAUGUAUGUAAGCUUUCAAUUACAGCACAGUGUGGGUGUUGUUUUCUCGAUGAUGUUCCCUGUUAUUAUUCUGAUUAUUAUUAUUAUUAUUAUUAUUUAGUCAAGCGAGAAAGGCAUGGACAGACUUGUAGAGGGUGUGCUGUAAAUACAUGUGAAUGCUGGUGCAAGCUUUAUUACAUCCUCUGUAUUAAAA